GAGGGUGAAGGGAGGGAGGCUGAGGGGAUGUCAGCUGGUUUUGAUAAAACCUGUCCGGACUGAAAAGUCAUGCAGGGACAUGACUGUCCAGCAUAGUUGCUCUCUGUGGCUUCAGGAGAAACAAACACAAUGUCUGACGGCAAUAAUGUGUGGGAGACAUCUGGCUGUGGGAUGAACGAUGUGUUUGAGGACAGCAAAGAUACAAGUGGAUUCUCUGAACAUGAACUCCUUGACAUCGUGUAUGAUACGUGUAAUAGCAGCAAGUCAGGAGAAGUGUUAGCCUCCACCAUUUUCGAGUACCUGCACACCAUGACUGCUCAGAGCCCAGGGCAGGACAGACUGGCUGCCUUGCAACGGCUGCUCGACCCUGACUGUCAGGACCCACAUGUGAGCAGAGAGACGUUUCACUCCACCAUGAGGGCGUGGAUCACCCAGUGCAGCGAGGACAGCGAUGGAAAAGACCUGUCAGGUACAGUGGCUGAACUGAAGCAUGCCAACCGCAAACUGAGUGAGCAGAACAGUAGUCUGCUGAGGACUGUUGCUCAAUGUGAAGACACGAACCUGCAGCUCACUCUGGAGAUCACUGAGCUGCGAGCAAAGCUCAUCAGGUGA